AUGUACCACAACAGCAGCCAGAAGCGGCACUGGACGUUCGCCGGCGAGGACCAGCUGGCGCGGCUGCGGGCCGACGCCAACCGCAAGUUCAAAUGCAAGGCGGUGGCGAACGGGAAGGUUCUUCCAAAUGAUCCAGUCUUUCUUGAGCCUCAUGAAGAAUUGACACUGUGCAAAUACUAUGAGAAAAGAUUAUUGGAAUUUUGUUCAGUGUUUAAGCCAGCAAUGCCGAGGUCUGUUGUGGGUACAGCUUGUAUGUAUUUCAAGCGUUUUUAUCUCAAUAACUCAGUAAUGGAAUAUCACCCCCGUGUAAUAAUGCUCACUUGUGCAUUUUUGGCCUGCAAAGUGGAUGAAUUCAAUGUGUCUAGUGUGCAAUUUGUUGGAAAUCUGCGGGAUAGCCCUCUUGGGCAGGAGAAGACACUUGAACAGAUUUUGGAAUAUGAACUGCUUCUUAUACAGCAACUUAAUUUCCACCUUAUUGUCCACAAUCCUUAUAGACCAUUUGAAGGCUUUCUCAUUGAUUUAAAGACUCGCUAUCCCAUGUUGGAGAACCCUGAGGUUUUGAGGAAAACAGCAGAUGACUUUCUUAACAGAGUUGCGCUGACAGAUGCUUAUCUUUUAUACACACCUUCUCAAAUUGCCCUGACUGCCAUUUUAUCUAGUGCUUCUAGAGCAGGAAUUACUAUGGAAAGUUAUUUAUCAGAAAGUCUGAUGCUGAAAGAGAACAGAACUUGCUUAUCACAGUUAUUAGAUAUAAUGAAAAGUAUGAGAAACUUGGUAAAGAAAUAUGAACCACCCAGACCUGAAGAAGUUGCUGUUCUGAAGCAGAAGUUGGAGAGAUGUCAUUCUGCUGAGCUUGCACUUAACGUAAUUACGAAGAAGAGGAAAGGGUAUGAAGAUGAUGAUUAUGUCUCAAAGAAACCCAAACGUGAAGAGGUAUGUUCUCCAAAGGAAGAAUGGACUGAUGAUGACCUGGUAGAUUCUCUCUAA